AUGGCAAGCCAGGAUGACAUGCUCAAGGUUGCCAGCGCGAUUGGGUUCGAGAUACCUCCGGAUCAGCUUGAUGACUAUACCACACUUCUUGGCAGGAUGAAGGGAGCGUUGGAUACCUUGUCGGCCAUGGAUGAUUAUACACCCACGCCAGAUUUCACCCUCACACCACGGGAAAACGUGCACUUUCCCGACCGGGCAGACAACCCGCUCAACGCCUGGGCAUGGAAGUGCGACUGCGCGCACGCGCAGCCGACGUCGGACCUGCUCCAGGGCAAAUCCGUGUGCCUCAAGGACAACAUCGCGCUGGCGGGCGUGCCGUGCCUGCUGGGGACCGAGUCCUUUACGGGGUGGACGCCGAGCGUCGACGCCACCGUCGCGGGCCGCGUGCUCGAGGCCGGCGGGCGCAUCGCCGGCAAGGCCGUCUGCGAGAACCUGUCGCGCGGCGCCGUGUCCGUCAGCGCCGCCACGGGCCCCGUGCAUAACCCCUACGCGAGGGGGUACUCGGCCGGCGGCAGCAGCUCGGGCACGGCGGCGCUGGUGGGCGCGGGGACUGUUGACCUCGGGCUCGGCUGUGAUCAGGGCGGGAGCAUCAGGAUCCCCGCCGCCAUGUGCGGACUGUACGGCCUCAAGGCCACCUUUGGCCUGGUGCCGUACACGGGCAUUGCCAGCAACGAUGCCAGCGUCGACUUUGUCGGUCCCAUGACCAGAACGUGUACCGACUGUGCCGUGCUGCUCCAGGCCAUUGCCGGUGCCGACGGGCUGGAUGAUCGCCAGGGUGCUGGGUGCCCCUUUCCGGCGCAGGUGCCCAAGUAUGCGGAGGCGUUGGCGACGAGUGGUAGGGACGGCGCCAAGGGCUUGAAGAUUGGCAUACUAAAGGAAGGUUUAUCGAAUCCAGUGCUAGAGGAAGAGGUCAAGGCCAAGUUUCUCGCGGCAGCCAAGGAGUUUGAAAAGCUCGGCGCCACGGUCGAAGAGGUCUCGGUUCCUCUGCACGAGUCGGCGCGGACCAUUUACUCCGUCAUGAGCAAGAUGGGCAACCACAUGGGAAUGCUAGGACGGGCGACUGGGCGGCGGCAGGUCAUGAUGACGGACCUAUUCGAGAAAAAGGGCCUCCCUUACUCGCCAGAGGCUCUGUCCAAGAUGAGCAUCUUUAGCAAAGAAGGACUGUUCGCGGGCGAGUUUGCCUGGUCCAACUACCCCUACGCGCACGCCAAGGCCGUCAACCUCUGCCGCAAGCUGCGCGACGACUACGACGCCGCCCUCGCAAAGUACGACGUGCUCAUCAUGCCGACGACGCUGCGGGCGUCGUUUCCGCUGCCCGCCGUCGACGCCGGCCCGUUGGUCCACAUGGACGCCAACAAGGGCAUGACGGAGAACACGGCCCCGUUCAACGCCAGUGGCCACCCGGCGCUGGCCGUGCCCAUGGGCUUGGUGGCAUCGGCGGCGGACCGGGCCGUCCAGGUACCCGCGAGCAUGCAGAUCGUGGGACGCUUUUGGGACGAGACAACGAUACUCAAGGCGGCUUACGCGUGGGAGCUGGCUGUAGAUUGGAAAUCGUUCUAG